AAGACCCCGCAGAUUUAUCGUUUUCAUCGAUAAGUUUUACAUACCUCCGUGUUGUUGCCCUCCACCUUCAUUAAGUUUUCUGCAUUUGUCUGUGGAGUUCCCAUUAUGAGAAAAAAUACCCCCCAUCAACGCUUUGUAGAAUUCAUCUUCAAGUUUCAGUUACUCGUCGCUAAUAGAAACCAUCUUUGACCAGUACUCUCUGAUUUAGCACAGCUGCAGGUGAAACGCUGGUGCUCCUGCUCGGCCGCAAGAUGGAGGUGUUGGGCUUCAGAUCAGCCACAUUCACUGUCAAGGUUAUAUUAAGCCUGGUGUGGGGAAGUGCGUGUAUAACAUGCAACCAGGGAGGGUCCUUGGUCAAACUCGAACCAGGGACAUCGGGAUUACGUGACUCGUCUGGUCCUUCCGGACAACCCAAUUUGCAGCUCUUCAUAGUUUUAUAUUUUUAUUACUCCUCAUCAUUAAUUUCCUCUCAAACGCCCACAGGCACCUAAAUGCGGAGCAAAUAAACAUGAUAACCCGAGAAUGAUAACCCGCUGUGAGUGAAAAAUUACCGGUACUCGGGACAAGUCGGACCUGCAUGGCAUUAUGCAGAUUCCAGGGCCAGAGGGAUUUAUCCGGAGGGGCCGAGGCUGGCUUGGGGGAGCGGCUGUCCUGGCCUUUGUGCACGCCCCUUUUCAUCGACUAGCGGGCCAAGAAAGACAGAAGAAAGCAACAGCAUCCCAGCCCCAGUCCCUACAGCUCCUCCAUCUGCACAGCGGAGCUGGACGGACCAGCCAGAAUGUGGACAUCACUGCUACUCAAACUCUUUCUCUUCUUCAUAUGCUGUGUUAGAUGGUGCCACUCUGAAGGAUGUGAGUUGGGGCAGUUUCGCUGUGGGACAGGCCGAUGUAUACCAGGGGACUGGCACUGUGACGGCACCUCAGACUGCGUGGAUGACUCUGACGAACAUGGCUGCCCUCAGGUAACAUGUGAUGACAGUCAUUUCCAGUGUUUGAGUGACGGCGAGUGUAUCCCUGAUGUUUGGGUGUGUGACGAUGAGGAGGACUGUGAGGAUGGCUCAGAUGAGAGGCAACACUGCCCUGGAAGGACGUGCAACAGUGGCCAGUUCAGCUGUAGUAACGGGGCAUGCAUCCCAGGAGAAUACCGGUGUGACCGUCUGGCAGACUGCUCAGAUGGGUCUGAUGAGAGAGAUUGCCAUUACCCCGAGUGUACACAGCUGAGGUGUGCUAAUGGGGCAUGCUACAACCGGACCCAGCGAUGUGACCACAUACUUGACUGCCGUGAUGGCUCAGAUGAGGCAAAUUGCACACAGCACUGUAAUACGGGUCUGUUCCCGUGUCAUAAUGGGGUGUGUGUUCCUCAACGCUACGUCUGCGACCAUGACGAUGACUGUGGGGACCGAAGUGAUGAGCUAAACUGCACAUAUCCUACAUGUAGAGGAAACUACUUCACCUGCCCCAGUGGCCGCUGCAUCUACCAAGUCUGGCUUUGUGAUGGAGAGGAUGACUGUGAGGACAAUGCAGACGAAAAAGGCUGCGAUAACGUACCACAGGAGUGCUACCCUGGAGAAUGGCACUGUCCAUCUUCUGGCCUGUGUAUCCCCAUGGAUCAGCUGUGUGAUGGGACCGCUCACUGUCCCCAGGGAGAGGAUGAAACUAACACCACUGCUGGACGCAACUGUAGUAUCUGGAAAUGUGCCUCUCUGAGCUGUGAGCAUCGUUGUCAUGCUUCCCCUGAUGGAGGGACCUGUUCUUGUCCUUCUGGAUACAUUGUCAGCAGCAACAAUAGUCGCUCAUGUAUAGACUUUGAUGACUGUUCGAUGUGGGGCGUGUGUGACCAGCUGUGUGAGGACCGCAUAGGUUCCCAUCACUGUAGCUGUCGAGAAGGCUACAUGCUUGAGCAGCACAGAUACUGCAGAGCUGAUGUCUCAACUGGGGUUCCUUCUUUGAUAUUUUCUAAUGGCAGAGACCUGCUAAUAGGUGACAUCCAUGGCAACAAUCUGCGCACUUUGAUUCACUCACAGAACAGAGGUGUUGCAGUGGGAGUGGACUUCCAUUAUAAUCUCCAUAGGAUUUUCUGGACUGAUACUAUUCAGAAUAAGGUGUUUUCUGUGGAUAUGGACGGUUCCAACAUGCAGGUGGUUUUAAAUAUAUCAGUUGACUACCCUGAGAACCUGGCGGUGGAUUGGGUGAACAAUAAACUGUAUGUGGUGGAGGCCAGCGUCAACAGGAUUGACAUGGUGGACUUUGAUGGAAGUAACCGGGUCACACUCAUCACUGAAAACCUCGGAAACCCUAGAGGACUGGCGGUGGACCCCACUGUCGGGUAUAUGUUCUUCUCAGAUUGGGAGGCGCUGAAUGGACAACCAGGCUUGGAGCGGGCCUUCAUGGAUGGUACCAACCGCCAUGGGAUCAUUAGGACUAAACUGGGCUGGCCAGCUGGUAUCACACUGGACAUCGAGGCCAAGCGCAUCUACUGGGUUGACAGUCGCUAUGACUACAUUGAAACCGCAACAUAUGAUGGCCUUCAUAGAAAAACAGUGGUCCACGGAGGUGCUUUGGUCCCACACCCAUUUGGCAUCAGUCUGUUUGAGCAUAAUGUCUAUUUCACGGACUGGACCAAGAUGGCCGUGAUGAAAGCCAACAAGUUCACAGACAGCAGUCCUCAAGUUGUUUACAGUACAUCUCAGGCUCCACACGGUGUAGCAGUAAUACAUCAGCUGAAACAGCCACAUGUGUCAAACCCUUGCAGUGUAGACAGAGGUGGAUGUGAGCAGAUCUGUGUUCUGAGUCACAGGAGUGACAAUGGAGGACUGGGUUACCGCUGCAAAUGCCGCAUGGGCUACGACCUACAUGCUGAUGGCAAGCGAUGUUUUGCUGUGAGGCAGUUUCUGCUGUUCUCCAGCCAGCUGGCUGUGAGAGGGAUCCCCUUCAACCUCUCUUCUCAGGAAGACAUCAUCCUGCCAGUCACUGACUCGCCUUCCUACUUUGUCGGUGUGGAUUUUAGUGCUGAAGACGAUGCAAUCUUCUUCUCAGACACAACCAAAGAUAUUAUCUAUAAACAAAAAGUGGAUGGGACUGGCAGGGAGGUACUGGCUGCCAAUAGAGUGGAUGGAGUGGAGGACCUGGCUUACGACUGGAUUUCAAAAAACCUCUACUGGACUGACCCUCGAUACAGGAGCAUAUCUGUCAUGAAGCUAGCUGAUAAGUCCAGGAGAGCCAUCAUACAUAACCUCAACAACCCGAGGGCCAUCGUGGUGCAUCCUCUCAUUGGUUUAUUUUAUUUCGACAGGUAUAUUUUUUGGACUGACUGGUACCGGCCAGCGAAGAUUAUGAGAGCUUGGGGUGAUGGGUCACAUGCCCUGUCUAUUGUAAACACUACCCUUGGCUGGCCAAAUGGCCUAGCUAUUGACUGGAGCGCAAUGCGUCUGUAUUGGGUGGAUGCCUUCUUUGACAAAAUUGAGCACAGCAAUUUUAAUGGACAGAACAGGAUUUCUUUAGACCGCAUUACCCAGAUCUCCCAUCCAUUUGGUCUCACCAUCUUUGAAGGCUAUGCAUAUUUUACUGACUGGCGCCUGGGUGGCAUUGUACGCGUGCGCAAGACCGAUGGUGGGGAGAUGGUCAUUAUCAGAAGAGGAAUCAGCCACAUCAUGCAUGUCAAGUCUUUCAACUCCCACUCUCAGAUUGGUUCCAACCUCUGCAACAGGCAAACAAAUCCAAAUGGAGACUGCAGCCACUUCUGCUUUCCAGCCCCAGACUCACAGAGAGUGUGUGGCUGUCCAUAUGGCAUGAAGCUGUUGCCCAACCAGCAGACAUGUGUGGAAGACCCUUUCAAUGAACCCCCCACACUGCAGUGCGGAGCCAACUCCUUCUCCUGUGGCAACGGCAAAUGUGUCCCAAACAGCUACAGAUGCGAUGGUGUUGACGACUGCCAUGACAACAGUGAUGAAGUCAACUGUGGAAUUAGCAACACCACCUGCUCCCCCUCUGCGUUCACCUGUGCCAAUAAGCGCUGCGUGCCUGCAGGAUGGCGCUGUGACGGGCAGAAUGACUGUUUUGACAACAGUGAUGAGAUCAACUGCCCUACGCGGGUGCCUGGAACAUGCCCUGCCGAUAAAUUUACCUGCGCCAACCACCGCUGCAUCCCACAUACCUGGCAUUGUGACACUGAUAAUGACUGCGGGGACAGUUCAGAUGAAGCUGACUGCCAUCUGGGAAGCACAUGCCAUCCAGAACAGUUUCAGUGUCCAGACCACCGCUGCAUAGACCCCAACUAUGUCUGUGAUGGGGACAGGGACUGUGUGGAUGGGGCAGAUGAGCAGGGAUGCAUCUACAACUGCACUGUGAGUGAGUUCAAGUGCUCCAGUGGUCACCAGUGUAUCAACUCCUACUACCGAUGUGAUGGAGUCUUUGAUUGCAGUGAUCGCUCAGAUGAGCAAGGCUGUCCUACUAGGCCCCCAGGGAUGUGCCACCAUGAGAGUGAGUUCCAGUGUCAGUCAGAUGGGAGCUGUGUCCCGUCUACCUGGGAAUGUGAUGGUCAUCCAGACUGUGAGGAUGGCAGUGACGAACACCAUCCCUGCCCACCUCGCACAUGCCCCUCCUCACUUUUCCGCUGUGACAAUGGAAACUGUGUGUUACACAGCUGGAUUUGUGAUGGGGACAAUGACUGCAGGGACAUGAGCGAUGAAAGAGACUGUCCCACACCGCCUUUCCAAUGUCCAAGCUGGCAGUGGCAGUGCCCUGGCCACAGUGUGUGCAUCAACCUCACCACCGUGUGUGACAACACUCCUGACUGCCCCAAUGGUGCUGACGAGUCUCCUCUCUGCAACGAGCCUUUGCCAGAUCAGGAGAGCUGUUCUGACAACAAUGCUGGCUGCACCCAUGGUUGUAUCCAAGGGCCGUUUGGGGCCCAGUGCACAUGCCCUGUGGGUUAUCAACUGAGCAAUGAUUCCAAAACCUGUGAGGAUGUAGAUGAAUGCAAUCCCCCUGGACUAUGUAGCCAGCACUGCUAUAAUGAGAGAGGCUCUUUCCGCUGCCACUGCCAGGAUGGUUACACUCUCGAAGCAGACCAGCGUACCUGCAAGGCCUCAGAUUCUCGUCAGGCGUUCUUGCUAGUGGCCAGUCGAAAUCAGAUUGUGCAAGAUGACAUAACCACACAGCCCAAUGUGGUCCGCUCACUGGUUCGAGAUGGGCGCAACAUUGUGGCCAUAGAUUUUGACUCGGUCACUGACCGCGUGUACUGGUCUGACACAAGCCAGGACAGAAUCUGGAGUGCUAACAAAAACGGCAGUGACAGAACUGUGAUAUUUGAUAGUGGAGUGACUGUAACAGAGAGCCUCUCUGUGGACUGGGUGGGCAGGAACCUGUACUGGACUGACUACGUCUUGGAGACUAUUGAAGUGUCUAAACUGGAUGGCACACAUCGGACGGUAUUAGUCAGUGAAAAUGUCACCAACCCCCGUGGCCUGGUGCUGGACCCAAGGGACAGGGUUCACUUGAUGUUCUGGACCGACUGGGGGAGGAACCCUCGCAUUGAGAGGGCCAGCAUGGAUGGGAAAAAUAGGACUGUUAUCAUAAGCAACAAGGUGUACUGGCCCAAUGGUCUAACCAUAGACUAUCCAAACAAUUUGUUGUACUUUGCUGAUGCCUACUUGGAUUUCAUUGACUACUGCGAUUAUGACGGCAAUAACAGGAAGCAAGUUCUGGCCAGUGACCUGGUACUGCAACAUCCCCACGCAAUUACCAUUUUUGAGGAUUUUGUGUAUUGGACCGACAGAUACAUCAACCGUGUGAUGCGAGCCCAUAAGUGGCAUGGGGAGAACCAGACAGUGAUGCUGUUCAACCUCCCUCAGCCCAUGGGUCUGGUGGCAGUACACCCAGCCAGGCAGCCAGCAGGUCAAAAUCACUGCUUGAGGAGUCCGUGCACUCAUAUCUGCCUGCUUUCUUCUGCGGAACCGAGGUACUACUCAUGUGCCUGCCCCUCAGGCUGGACACUGGCAACAGACCAAAUCACCUGCACCAGAGUUGAAGAGCCUUUCCUGGUGGUUGUGAGAGACAGCAUCAUCUAUGGCAUUUCCUUGGACCCUGGUGACAAGAGUAAUGAUGCUAUGGUCCCUGUUGCUGGGCUUCAGAAUGGCUAUGAUGUUGACUUUGAUGACAGCGAAGAGACCAUCUACUGGGUGGAGCACCCGGGUGAGAUCCACAGGGUGAAGUCAGAUGGUACUAACAGGACAGAGUUUGCCCCUGCAGCCAUCCUUGGCUCCCCUGUCGGCCUGGCCUUGGACUGGAUAACAAAGAACCUGUACUACACCAAUCCAGCUACGCAGUCUAUUGAGGUUUUGAAGUUGAGAGGUGAGGUACAGUACCGGAAAACUCUAAUCACAAAUAACGGCUCUCCAACUGGCGCUGGCAGUCCUGUUGGCAUCGCAGUGGACCCAGCACGUGGCAAACUGUACUGGACAGACCAGGGAACAGAGAGCGGCAUUCCUGCCAAGGUGGCAUCAGCAGACAUGGAUGGCUUAAACCCUGUCACCUUGUUCACCAACAACCUAGAUCACAUUGAGUUCAUCACUGUGGACAUCCGAGAGAACAAGCUGUACUGGGCUGUUACAAGCACUGGCGUGAUUGAGCGUGGUGAUCCAGAUGGGAGUAACCGCAUCACAAUAGUGACAGGCCUGUCUCACCCCUGGGGUGUGGCUGUCCAUCUAAACUACCUCUACUUCACUGACCGGAACUUUGAGGUCAUAGAGCGUGUGGACAAGUCCACAGGAGCCAACAAGGUUGUGCUGCGAGACAACGUUUCUGGACUCAGAGUUCUGAAAGUGCAUCAUCGAGACACCUCUGCAGGUAUAUCCAAUGGCUGCACCAACAAUAUGGGAGUGUGUGAGCAGCUCUGCCUGCCUCGGCCACAGGGUCUGUUUACCUGUGCAUGUGCCACAGGUUUUAAAGUUAAUGCUGACAACAGGACCUGCACUCCCUACCAGUCCUAUGUUGUCAUCUCCACUCUGUCUGCUAUCAAAGGCUUCAGUCUGGAAGGGUCAGACCACUCUGAGGCCAUGGUUCCUGUGGCUGGGAGAGGCCGUAAUGCUUUACAUGUUGAUGUACACAUGGCUUCUGGUUUCAUCUACUGGUGUGACUUCAGCAGCACUGUGGCGACACAGAAUGGGGUCAGACGGAUCAAGCCAGAUGGCUCAGGAUUACGUAGUCUUGUAACAUCUGGAAUAGGACGCAACGGCAUACGGGGCAUUGCUGUGGACUGGGCUGCAGGACACAGGCCACAGACAGCAGACUGCCUGGUAGGGUCAAAGUUAAGAAGCUUUACCACAGGAGUCACAGAGCAUGGAGAUCAGACCCACACAGGUGACAGGAGAGGGAACUUGUAUUUCACCAACGCCUUCCUAACUGAGACAUAUGUGGAGGUGCUCCGCCUGAACACAACUUUCCGUAGGGUGCUUCUAAAGACCCAGGUGGACAUGCCACGCCACAUUGUGGUGGACCCCAGAAACAGAUACUUGUUCUGGGCUGAUUAUGGUCAGAACCCCAAAAUUGAACGAGCACUCAUGGACGGAACCAACCGCACAAUUUUAGUGUCAUCAGGGAUUAUUACUCCACGAGGUCUCGCUCUGGACUGGCAAACUGGCUACGUCUACUGGGUAGAUGACUCCCUGGAUAUGAUUGCCAGAGUCAACCCUCAAGGAGGGGAGACAGAGAUAGUCAGGUAUGGCAGUCGCUACCCAACUCCUUAUGGAAUCUCAGUGUUUGAGAGUAGUAUCAUUUGGGUGGACAGAAACCUCAAGAAGGUGUUCCAAGCCAGCAAAAACCCUGGCAGCACAGAGCAGCCUGCCGUCAUUAGAGACAACAUCAACAUGCUGAGGGACGUUACCAUCUUUGACCAGCGUACCCAGCCUACCGCUGCCCAGGAGCUUAACUACAACCCCUGUAUAGAGGAGAAUGGAGGCUGUGCCCACUUCUGCUUCGCCCUCCCAGGUUCUGGCACAGGUAACCAGAACAAAAAAUGCAGCUGCGCUUUUGGUAAUCUUGCAGCAGAUAGUGAAAGCUGUGUAGUGUCAAGGGAUGAUUAUCUCAUCUACACAACUGAGAGCACCGUGCGCAGCCUGCGCCUCGACCCCGAGGACCAUACAUUGCCCUUCCCUGUGAUCAAUGUGCCACGUACCUCAGUGGCGCUGGAUUUUGACCUCAUAGACCGGAGGAUCUACUAUACACAGAGCUCAGGCGCAGGAGCAAGCAAGAUCAGCUACAUCAGCCUUCAGUCUUCUCCCAUCGCAGCUCCUGUAGUUGUGGCCUCAGAUCUAGGGGCUCCUGAUGGCAUAGCUUAUGACUGGAUAAACAGAAGAAUUUACUACAGUGAUUAUGUCAACCAGAGCAUCAGCUCCAUGUCUGUGGACGGCUCUCAAAGGACUAUUGUAGCCCAUGUGUCCAGGCCAAGGGCCAUCAUAUUAGAUCCCUGCAGGGGAUACAUGUAUUGGACAGACUGGGGAACCCAUGCAAAGAUUGAACGUGCCACCUUAGGUGGAAACUUCAGAACAGAAAUUGUGAACAGCAGUCUUGUGUGGCCCAAUGGACUGACCCUGGACUAUGAAGAACAGAAACUCUACUGGGCAGACGCCAGCUUACAGAAGAUUGAGCGAUCCUCUCUCACGGGGUCCAAUCGGGAGGUUAUUGUCGGCACAGCCAUCUACCCCUUUGCCAUGACCAUGUUCGGCCAGUUCAUCUAUUGGACUGACUGGAACACACGCAGCAUCUAUCGGGCCAACAAGCACGACGGUUCUGGCCAGAGGGCCAUGAUUCAGAACCUUCCAUCUAGGCCAAUGGACAUCCAUGUUCUGGCCAGCAGGAAGCAGCAGCAGUGUGAUAGUCCCUGCCAGCAGUUUAAUGGAGGCUGCAGCCACAUCUGUACACCAGGACCCAAUGGAGCGGAGUGCCAGUGUCCAUCAGAAGGCCGCUGGUACCUGGCUGACAACAAGCACUGUAUCCCUGAUAAUGGGACUCGCUGCCAGCCAGGCCAGUUUACCUGUAUGAAUGGCCGCUGUAUUCGUGCCCAGUGGAAAUGUGACAAUGACAACGACUGUGGAGAUGGCAGCGAUGAGCUGGAGAGAGUCUGUGGACUUAAACCUGACUUCAACUAUGUUGUCCCACAGUUGCUGUCGUCUUUUAUCGCCUUGUCAGCCUUCCACACCUGUGAGCCUACAGUGUUUACUUGUGGCAAUGGGCGAUGUGUGCCAUACCACUACCGCUGUGAUCACUAUGACGACUGUGGAGACAAUAGUGACGAGGUGGGCUGUCUAUUCAGACCAUGUGACCCCAACACAGAGUUCACCUGCAACAAUGGGCGCUGUAUUGCCAAGGAGUAUGUCUGCAAUGGCAUGAACAACUGCUAUGACAACGGCACGUCUGAUGAACAGAACUGCCCUGAGAGAACCUGCCAGCCAGAGCACACAAAAUGUCAGUCUACUAACAUCUGCAUCCCACGUUCAUACCUGUGUGAUGGAGACAACGACUGUGGGGAUAUGAGCGACGAGAGUCCUACACACUGUGCGACAUCCACAUGUUCCCAGAGUGAGUUCCGUUGCUCUAGCGGGCGCUGCAUCCCCGCCCACUGGUACUGUGAUGGAGGAACUGACUGCUCUGACGGCUCUGAUGAACCUCACUCCUGCACCACAGCGGUCAGAACCUGCAACACAGAUCAGUUUCGCUGUGAUGAUGGCAGGUGCAUUGCCUCAUCCUGGAUCUGUGAUGGGGACAAUGACUGUGGCGACAUGAGUGACGAAGACCAGAGGCAUAAUUGUGCCAAUCGUACAUGUUCAAGUGCGGAGUUCACUUGUGUGAAUAACCAACCACCUCAGCGGAAAUGCAUCCCGCGUGACUGGGUGUGUGAUGGAGAUGCAGACUGUGCAGAUGCAUUAGAUGAACAUCAAAACUGCACGCGCAGAUCCUGUGGCAUCAAUGAGUUCACCUGUAGCAAUGGCCUCUGCAUACGCGGCUCCUACAGGUGCGAUCGACGUAAUGACUGCGGGGACACCAGCGAUGAGCGGGGCUGCACCUACCAGUCGUGCCACCAACACCAGUUCACCUGCCAGAACGGCCGCUGCGUUUCCCAUGACUUUGUCUGCGAUGGCGACAACGACUGUGGAGACGAGUCUGAUGAGCUGGAGCACAUGUGCCGCACGCUGGCCCCCACCUGCCCCCCUGGAGAGUUCAGAUGUGACAAUGGACACUGCAUCCCCAUGAGCCAGGUGUGCGACAGGAACGAUGACUGCUCUGACAACAGCGAUGAGAAGGGAUGUGGUGUCAACGAAUGCACAGACCCAUCCAUCCACCACUGUGAUCACAACUGCACCGACACACCCACCAGCUUCCUCUGCACCUGCCACCCUGGCUACCGCCUCAUGUCGGACAGCAAAACGUGCGAUGAUGUCAAUGAGUGUGCGGAGACACCGAGCGUGUGCAGCCAGGUCUGUGAGAACACCGUUGGCUCCUACGUGUGUAAGUGUGCCCCAGGAUUCCUUCGAGAGCCGGAUGGCCGCAGCUGCCGUCAGAACAGCAACAUCUCACCCUACCUCAUCUUCAGCAACCGCUAUUACCUUAGGAACCUGUCAACAGACGGGCAGGCCUACUCUCUGAUCCUGCAGGGUCUGACCAGUGUGGUGGCCAUGGACUUUGAUCGUGUCGACAAGCGCCUUUAUUGGAUUGAUGUGAGCCGCAGAGUGAUUGAGAGGAUGUCCUUUGGUGGCAGUAACAGAGAGGUGGUGGUCAAUGGAGUUCUGCAUGGGGAGGGCCUUGCAGUUGACUGGAUAGCCAGGAAACUCUACUGGGUGGACAGCUUCUUGGAUUGUCUCAAAGUAUCUGAACUGGAUGGUCGAUUUGUGAGGAAACUGGCUGAACACUGCGUCGAUGCCAAUAACACCUAUUGCUUUGAAAACCCCAGAGCUAUUGUGUUGCAUCCCAAAUACGGAUUGGUAUACUGGACCGACUGGGGAGACAACGCCUUUAUAGGUCGCGUUGGAAUGGAUGGAACCAACAAAGCAGCUAUCAUCACCACCAAGGUAGAGUGGCCUAACGGGAUCACGAUUGACUACACUAAUGACAAGCUGUACUGGUCUGACGCUCAUCUCAAUUACAUCGAAUACUCAGACUUGGAUGGUCAACACAGACACACGGUGUAUGAUGGAGAUUUGCCCCAUCCGUUUGCCCUGACUGUGUUCGAGGACACUGUAUACUGGACUGACUGGAACACGCACACAGUGGAGAAAGGCAACAAAUACGACGGCUCUGGUCGUCAGGUCUUGGUUAACACCACUCACAGACCAUUUGAUAUCCAUGUAUGUCAUCCUUACAGACAGCCUAUUGUAAACAAUCCUUGUGCGUUGAACAAUGGAGGCUGCUCUCACCUGUGCCUGAUCCGUCAUGGGGGGCGGGAACACACCUGUGAGUGCCCCGAACAUUUCCUGACUGUUCAAAUAGGAGGUGUGACCCGAUGCCUUCCCAUGUGCACCAGCACCCAGUACAGAUGUGCUAACAAUGAACGAUGUAUUCCUAUCUGGUGGAAAUGUGAUGGCCAGAGGGACUGCAGAGACGGCUCAGAUGAGCCCUCCACCUGCCCGGCUCGCCACUGCAGCCUUGGCCAGUUUCAGUGCAAUGAUGGAAGCUGCAUCAAUCCAAACUUCCUGUGCAACAGCAACCAGGACUGCCAUGAUGGCUCAGAUGAAGACCCUGUGCUAUGUUCUACACACCAGUGUGAAAGCUACCAGUGGCAGUGUGCAAAUAAGCGGUGUAUCCCUGAGUCAUGGCAGUGUGACGGCGAGGAUGACUGUGGUGAUCAGUCUGACGAGGACCCUGCCCACUGCUCCACCAGGACCUGCCGGCCUGGACAGUUCAAGUGCCGGAAUGGACGCUGCAUCCCGCAGAACUGGAAAUGUGAUGUUGAUGAUGACUGUGGUGACAACUCUGACGAACCGUUAGAGGAGUGCAUGGGACCGGCAUAUCGCUGUGACAACCACACAGAGUUUGACUGCAAGACCAACUACCGCUGCGUGCCACAGUGGUCUGUUUGCAAUGGCCACAACGACUGCAGAGACAACAGUGAUGAGCAGGGCUGUGAUGAACUGACCUGCGAUCCUAGAGGAGACUUCCGCUGUGACAACCACCGCUGCAUCCCGCUGAGAUGGAGGUGUGACGGGGACGACGACUGUGGGGACAACUCCGAUGAACGCAGCUGCACUCCACGCGCAUGCACAGAGAGUGAGUUUCGUUGUAAUAAUCUGCGCUGCAUUCCCGACCGUUGGGUCUGUGACCAUGACAACGACUGUGAGGACAACUCGGAUGAAAGGGACUGUGAAUUGCGGACUUGUCAUCCCGGUUACUUCCAGUGCGGCAGCGGACAUUGUAUUGCUGAACGCUUCAAAUGCGAUGGCAAUGCCGACUGUCUGGACUACACAGAUGAGACAUCUUGUCCAACCCGCUUUCCCAACGGCACAUACUGUCCCCCCUUCCUGUUUGAGUGCAAGAACCACGUGUGUAUCCAGCCUCAUUGGAAAUGUGACGGAGACAAUGACUGUGGCGAUAAUUCAGACGAGGAGCUUCACCACUGCUUGGACAUCCAGUGUGAGACUCCGUUCCGUUUCCGCUGCGACAACAACCGCUGCAUCUACAGCCACGAGCUGUGUAACUCUGUUGACGACUGCGGUGACGGCUCUGAUGAGAGAAAGGAAAACUGCCAAAGCCCGACUCAUGGACCCUGUACAGAUGAUGAGUACAAAUGCAGUAAUGGACAGUGCAUCCCUCUGCACUACGCCUGUGAUGACUAUGAUGACUGUGGAGAUCAGUCGGAUGAGCUCGGCUGCCACCAUGGCGGCGGGCACACAUGCAGUGGCAACAUCUGUGAACACAACUGUACCGACCUGACGCAGGGAGGCUUCCUCUGUUCGUGCAGGCCCGGCUACAAGCCCCGAACGACAGAAAAGCACACCUGUGAAGAUGUGAAUGAGUGUGAGGUGUAUGGGACGUGUCCGCAGGAGUGCAAGAACACAAAGGGCAGCUAUGAGUGUUUUUGUGCUGAAGGCUUUCUCUCUUUUGGUGAGCCGCACGGGACAGAGUGUGCUGCCCAGGGAAAUCCACCAGUGCUGCUCUUGCCAGACAACGUUCGCAUCCGUCGUUACAACCUGUCUUCUGAGCAGUAUUCAGACUAUGUGGACAAUGCUGAGCAUAUCCAAGCUCUGGACUACCUAUGGGAUCCAGAGGGACAAGGACUCAGUAUUGUGUACUGGACUGUUCUGGGUCGGGGAUCUCAGUUCGGCUCUAUCAAGCGUGCCUUCAUGACCACAUUUAAUGAUCACGGCAACAACCCAGUGAAAGAGGUGGAUCUGAACCUGAGAUACAUCGCCAAUCCUGACGGCAUCGCUUUGGACUGGGUUGGCGGGCACAUUUACUGGACAGAUUCAGGCACCAAUCGAAUUGAAGUGGCCAAACUAGAUGGGCGGUACAGGAAGUGGUUGAUCCACACAGACCUCGACCAGCCCGCUGCUAUUGUUGUCAAUCCAUCACUUGGAAUGAUGUACUGGACAGACUGGGGCAGGAAACCCAGAAUAGAAUCAGCAUGGAUGGACGGUCAGCACAGAGAGGUGCUUGUGAGGGAGGAGGACCUGGGCUGGCCUACUGGACUGGCUCUGGACUAUGUGAAUGGAAAUAGGAUCUACUGGUGUGACUCCAAAGAAAAUAUCAUUGAGUCCAUGAAGCCUGAUGGCACAGACAGGAAGAUCGUCAUAUCAGGAGACAUUGGAUAUCCCUACAGUCUGGAUGUGUUUGAGGGGCACGUGUACUGGACAACAAAAGAGAAAGGUGAAGUCUGGAAGACUAACAAGUUUGGGAAAGGAAAUAAAGUCAAAGUCCUAACCAUCAACCCCUGGCUGACUCAAGUCCGCAUUUACCAGGAGCACCGACACAACCAGUCAGUACCCAACCCUUGUAAGAAUGUGUGCAGUCAUCUGUGUCUCCUCCGGCCCGGUGGAUACACCUGCGCCUGCCCGCAAGGGUCCUCUCUGGUGUUUAACUCCAAUGAAUGUGAUGCAGCCAUUGAGGCACCCGUUGCAAUGCCCCUUGCAUGUAGAUGCAUGAAUGGUGGAACCUGCUACACUGAUGAAGGCGGUCUGCCCAAGUGCAAAUGUCCAUAUGGUUAUGUGGGCAGUUAUUGUGAGAUGGGGAAGUCGAGUGGGGCUCCAGCAGGAACAGCUGUGGCCGUUCUACUGGCCGUCAUUAUCAUCCUGAUUACUGGAGCUUUGGCUGUUGGAGUUUUCCUCAACUACAAACGAACAGGAUCUUUCAUCCCCUCAAUGCCCAAACUACCCAGCCUCAGCAGCCUAGUGAAGUCCGGUGACACGGGGAAUGGGGUGACGUUUCGCUCAGGUGAUAAUGUUGAUCUUGGACCGUCACACAUUGGAGUGUCAUUCAUUGAAACAGCCAUGCAGAUGGACGAUACUUUUGCCAUCGAAACUGGGAGGCAGCCAGUCACAUUUGAGAACCCGUUGUACGCCACCGAUCCUGGAGUGUCCGGUGAUCCUGCAGUCAUUCAUGCCACACAGGUGACUGUUAAUGUGAGUGGUGAACAGUUGGAGAACAACUUUGUGAACCCAGCGUAUCGCGGAGCUCAGAGUGUGGCCGUUGCGAACACAUCAUCUUCUGUCAGCACCAAACCUGAGCAGGAGUCAAAGUGGAGUUUGUUCAAGCGGAAAUUAACGCCAAGCACAACAUUUGAAAACCCUUCAUAUUCAGAGAUGAAAGAUGAAAAGCCUGUUGGAAGCAGUAGGGACCCUUCUGCCCCUGAGCCCUCUCCAUUUGUCCCCCCCACUAAACCUCCGAAGAGAGAUCGCCCCAGCACGUUUUCGCCAACCGAGGACAGUUUCAAAGACACAGCCAACCUCGUGAAAGAGGACAGCGACAUUUAACCCAUCUCUCACAGACGGGAAUCGAAAAAAAGAAACACACUUUGCACAGAAUUUAUUUUUUUAUGCAGCCUGUGUACAAAACUCAAAUUGUUUUAGGAAAGAGAAAUACAUUUCCAUAGAAUGAUGACAAAAAGUCUUCUGUGACUAUGCCUUCUGACAUUUCUUAUGCCAAUUCUUGUGUUAAUGUUUUCAUUAUUCUGAUGUACAAUGUAUGUAUAUCUUUGCACUGAAGCUGCUGAUAGACAUGUUAAUAAAUAAGUUGUAUAUUUGUAAAUUUGAACAGUAAGAUUUUGUCAGAAAAUAUCUUUGAAAUAGAUCCUAUGAAUAGUUCAGCAUAAACACAAUAACAUAAAAAGUGAGCUGCAUUUUGAAUGUACAGUACUUAUAUGAUCAAAGGUUACUAGAGAUGUGUGUUGAGUAAUGACAUUUUGCCACUGAACAAAACUGGAGAUGUAUUUACUUCAUCUUUCAUGUUUAUAUACCUCAUUUCAUGGCCAGAAGCGCAACAAAAGCGACAAUUGGAUUUUAACUUAUGGCGUUUAUUCUUCAAAGAAUAUAUCUUUGAAUAAGGAACGGUAUAAACAGAUGCAUGAGCUAAAAUAUGAGUGCAAAGCAUACUUAUUGUACUUAAUCAAACUCAUUUCUACCUUGUGUUCCCUGACUGUCUGACUUUAAAUCAACCUGAUAAUUUGUUUUAGCAAUAAUAUUGGAACAAUGGCCAAAUUUUUUGGAACAAUACUUGAAUGUGCCCAUGUUUGUCGCGUGGAAAUUAAUGUAUGUAGUUGAUUAUUUUGAAGGGCAACACAUGACCUGAGGAUGCAGAUGUAGACAGGCGUUUUAUAGACACGGUGAAUAAAUUCUUAACUUCACAGAAUGAUUUAUUUUGUACUGUAAUGAGGACAAUAAAAACUGUAUCUGUGAUCAUCCACAACAUGCCCAUAUGGUUUAAAUUGCUGCUGGUGAGACAUGAAUGAAUAAAUUUCCUAUUUUGUAACACA